AAUUAAUCAUUUGACGAAUAUAGUGAAGCAACUUACAACUUCCUGUUUGAAGUUUCACGUUUUAAUCAAAGUGUAGUUGUAUUUUACAAAGUUUUGUUUGUUAACAAUUUAGAAUGGACGAUGCAACGGGAAAAAGGGUUCAAGAGUACAAGGAUUCACUGAAAACGAAGGCGGAACAACUUAUUGUGAAGGGAUUUCCGGAAAAAAUUGUCAAACUCAAUGAACUAUUGGAGACACCGGGUUUUUCUCAUCAAGACCUAUCAAAAGUUCAUCAGGAAUUAAAUAUACCCAUUCCAGAGCCAAUACUUCUGAAUCAUUCCCAGGAAGAACCACCAUCGAAAAGAGCAAGAGUUGAAAAUAAUUUAGAAGAUGUACCUGGUACCAAAGUUAUGGUUCUUCCCAAUGGACCAGUUCCAUGCAACAAACCAAUCUGCGAUAUAAUACACAUAGUGAAACCGUACAUUAGACAACUUUUAGAAGAUUCAAAUCUUUUAAAAAUGUGGAUUUCAUUUAUGAUCCCAAAAAUCGAAGACGGAAACAACUUUGGGGUCUCAAUUCAAGAAGACACUCUCGCUGAAGUUCAAGCUGUAGAGAGUGAAGCAGCUGCAUUUUUCGAUCAAAUUUCCAGGUAUUUUGUAUCGAGAGGAAAAAUUCUGAGUAAAGUCGCCAAGUAUCCCCACGUUGCCGAUUAUAGGCGAGCAAUUCAGGAACUUGACGAAAAAGAAUACGUAAGCUUGUGGCUCGUUAUGUGCGAAAUUCGUAAUCGUUAUUGCGCACUUCAUGAUCUUGUCAUUAAAAACUUGGAGAAGAUCAAACGACCGCGAUCAUCAAACGCUGAAUCUCUGUAUUAAAUAAUUUUUAAAAAAACAACGGCUUUUUUCUCAAUGAAUAAAAGUGAUGAAUAUGACUCACAGUGUAAAAACAAAAUUCAGGUAAAAAGAGUGUUCGCGCGUAAAUUUUCACAAUGUUUUUUUGUUUUGUUUAUCGCACACGAACUAUAAUUUAACUUUGCUCCAUUUACUUAUCACUCAUCUCCGUUUUCAUCUACGUAGUUAAAGAAAAUUUUACUUCAAAGAAAAACUUCAUUUCUAUUUUUUUUUUUUUGCGUCGGAAAUUAUUUUUUAGCCACUUUUUUUCAACCAUUUAUAAAUACAUUCUUUUUUCUACAUUUUUAGAAUAAACAUUUUUUUAUAGAUUUUUUUUCACCGUGGAUCAAAAUUUUAUAAAUAGAAAGAAAUGAUCAGAGUUAAUUGUUUUUUGUUAACUUUUAAUCGAAAUGCUUGAAUAUCAAAAUAUAUCGAUUCAGAGAAAAAAGAAAGAGAAUUUUUUAUCAUCCUUAUGUUUUCGAGAAAAAAAUGAGAAUUUUGUAGAUAUUUAAUUUUUUUAAAGAGAAGCAAAAACAGUAUUUCAGUGAUAUAAGAAUUCGAUCGCGCAGUGUAAUUGUAAUUUUAACUAUUUGAUAAAAAUAACAAGUUAUUUAUCAUAAUUAGUUAAUUGUUCUCAGAUUCCAAUUGAAGUUAAUUAGCAAAACACAAGUGUUCCUCUCGAAUAUUAAUGUUCAAUUAUUGUAGACUGUACCUUAAAGAAAUCGAUCUUGUAAUACUGUAAUGUCAAAAUACAUAAUUAUAUAAUUUCAAAAA